AUGGCCAUGACAUAUCCAUACACAGUCUAUCGCGGUACAUUCAUUCAUCAUCCUCGGCUUAAUUCGAGCUCUGCCAAGCCGGAGCUCGUUCGAAAUCAAGGUGCCCUGUGGGUCUCGUCUGAAGAUGGCCGCAUCAAGGGAUAUGAUUGGAACGUCCACGAUGAUGCCAGCUUCCAAUCAUUCUUGUCUAACCAUGGCUGGAUUGCUACCAAAGCUGGAACUAAUAAAAAUUACAAGUCACAGACUAGAGUUAAAGUUGUACAGUCCAAUGACACACGGAACGAGUUUUUCUUUCCGGGAUUCAUUGAUACCCAUAUCCACGCUCCGCAGUUCCCCAAUAUCGGACUGUUUGGAUCAUCAGGUCUUCUGGACUGGCUAGACGAAUACACCUUCCCAGUAGAAGCUAGCUUCGGCUCAAAGUCAGACCCAAACAACGAGGACACAGAUCCUAAAGACACCCCCCUGGAGGGUCUGCGCGUCUAUGAUCACGUCGUUGCUCGUACUCUUGCCCACGGCACAACAUGCGCAUCAUACUUUGCCACCAUUCAUGUCCCGGCUACUAACGCCCUCGCAGCACUCUGCCACUCUCAUGGCCAACGUGCAUUCAUCGGCCGCGUCUGCAUGGACAACCAUGAUCAAUGCCCAUCUUACUACGUUGAUGAGUCCGCCGAGUCGGGUCUUAACGCAACUAAGUCGACAAUAGAUUAUAUCCACACCCUUGACCCGAACGGAACAUUGAUCAACCCAAUCAUCACACCUAGAUUUGCCAUAAGCUGCUCAAACAGCUCCCUUGAUGGGCUUGGAAAACUAGCUGCAUCCUACGAUCCGCCCUUGCACAUCCAAACGCAUAUCUCUGAGACCACCAGCGAGGUCGACCUCGUCCACCAACUGUUCCCCGAGGCAGCCAGCUACGCCGAUGUCUAUGACAAGGCUAACCUGCUUACAUCUCGCACCAUCCUCGCCCACGCGGUACACCUCACCAAGGACGAACGCACCCUCGUCCGCGAACGCGGCUCUAAAAUCGCACACUGCCCUGCCUCAAACUCUGCUCUGGGCUCUGGGCUUGCAGUUGUCCGCACUAUGCUCAAUGAAGGACUUACAGUUGGUCUAGGCACGGAUGCGAGCGGUGGGUACAGCCCCAGUAUCCUUGAAGCGGCCAGACAGGCCUGUCUUGUGUCUAGAUUGGUUGGCUACAGCACCGAGUUCCCUGAAAUAUCGGGUAACGCAACAGCAGAUGGAUCUGAGAAACUUUCAGUUGUUGAAAGUCUUUACCUCGCUACACGUGGUGGCGCAGCAGUGGUUGACAUGGCCGACGAUAUUGGAGGCUUCGAUGAGGGGAUGAUAUGGGAUGCGCAACUGAUUGAGUUGGGUGCUGUGAAGAAUAGCACUACUAAUCCGCUUGAUGCAGCGCACGUCAGUUGUGUCACUACUGAGUCUCUUCUUGAGUCUGGACCUGUGGGCAAUGUUGAUUUGUAUGGAAAUGAGACUUGGGAGGAGCAGGUUGAGAAGUGGAUGUGGAGUGGUGAUGAUCGGAAUGUGAAGAAUGUGUGGGUUCAGGGGAAGCUAGUGCAUACUAGAGAGUAGAUGAGCGGGCUUUCUUCUUUCUAGUAUAUUUGUUGUGG